CCAGUGAGUUCCCAAGCGCUGAAGAUUACUGAAAUGAAGACGUGGCGAGUGGCGGCUGGGGACGUGGCGUUCCCACCGCGAACUUAAACUCAUAUUCUUUCCCUCUGUGGUUCCUUGGAACCGACAAACCUGAUUUCUCUUCUCCUCUCCCUCUCUUCUUCUUCUUCUUCUUCUUCUUCUUGAAUUACUCAGAAGUCGAAUUGUGGUCAAUUCACUACCCUAAGAAAAGAUGUUGGAGGAUCAGGUCGCUUUCUUGUUGCAGAAGUAUCUCGGGAACUACGUUAGAGGUCUCAACAAAGAAGCUUUCAAAAUUAGUAUUUGGAAAGGUGAUGUAGAGCUGAAAAAUAUGCAAUUGAAGCCGGAGGCACUUAAUGCAUUGAAGUUGCCUGUGAAAGUCAAGGCAGGCUUCCUUGGUUCAGUGAGGCUCAAGGUUCCAUGGAGCAGGCUGGGUCAGGAACCGGUGUUAAUUUACCUGGACCGUAUUUUCAUAAUAGCUGAACCUGCAACCGAGGUUGAAGGAUGUAGUGAGGAUGCUGUCCAAGAAGCUAAGAAGAGCAGAGUACUGGAAAUGGAGAUGAGGCUGUUGGAAACUACGCAGCAACUACAAUCACCAGAGAAUACUUCGUGGCUUGGAUCCCUAAUCAAUACAAUUAUUGGAAACUUGAAACUCUCAAUUACAAAUAUCCACAUCAGAUAUGAGGAUCUUGAGAGCAAUCCUGGUCAUCCAUUUGCUUCUGGUGUGACAUUGGCAAAACUUUCAGCUGUGACGAUAGAUGACAGUGGAAAGGAAACAUUUGUUACUGGGGGUGCACUAGAGCGUAUUCAGAAGUCAGUGGAACUUGAACGGUUGGCUCUUUAUCUGGAUUCUGACAUUCGUCCAUGGCACAUUGACAAACCAUGGGAGGAUUUGCUUCCUUCAGAGUGGAGUCAGGUCUUUGCAUUUGGUACUAGAAGUGGCAAAUCAGCUGGCUCUCAUAUGGAAGAGCACACUUACAUUCUGCAGCCAGUGACUGGGAAUGCUAAGUACUCAAAGCUGCAGCCAGAUGAAUCUACAAGUACAGGUCAACCUCUACAGAAAGCAACAAUUAACUUGGAUGAUGUUACUCUUUGUUUGUCAAAGAAUGGAUACAGGGAUAUUCUAAAGCUGGCUGAUAACUUCGCUGCCUUUAAUAAACGCCUGGGAUAUGCUCAUUAUCGGCCACUCGUCCCAGUAAAAUCUGAUCCUAGAUCUUGGUGGAAGUAUGCUUACAAAAUUGUAUCUGACCAGAUGAAGGCGGCAAGUGGAAAGCUAUCUUGGGAACAGGUACUGAAGUGUGCAAAAUUACGUAAGAGAUAUAUAGCUCUUUAUGCUUCGCUGCUGAAAUCUGAUGCCAGUAGAAUGUUGGUUGAUGACAACAAAGAAAUUGAGGAACUAGAUCGUGGACUUGAUAUUGAAGUCAUUCUUCAGUGGAGGAUGUUGGCUCACAAAUUUGUGGAACAGUCAAUAAAAUCUGACAACAAUAUUAGAAAGCAGAAAGCAAAGAAAUCAUGGUGGUCAUUGGGAUGGACUGGGCAAUCCAUGAAGGAUGAAAAUGAACCUUGGCAUUUCAGUGAUGAGGACUGGGAGCGGUUAAAUAAAGUAAUUGGGUACAAGGAAGGUGAUUCUGAGCAGUUGCUGACAACUCAAGACGGGGGAAACAUACUUCAUACCUCUUUGGAGGUUCACAUGAAUCGCAAUGCUUCCAAGCUUAUUACUGAGGCUCAGGAGUGUCUUGCUGAAUUAUCCUGUCAAGGUUUGGAUUGCUCUGUCAAGCUGUAUUCAGAGGCAAAAGUUUUUGACAUAAAGUUGGGAUCAUAUCUGUUGUCAUCACCAAAUGGGCUCCUGGCAGAGAGUGCUACUUUGAAUAAGUCUUUAGGUUGUAUAUUUUCAUACAAGCCUUUUGAUGCUAAUGUGGAUUGGAGUCUGGUUGCAAAAGCUUCUCCAUGUUACAUGACUUAUCUGAAGGACUCCAUUGACCAAAUAAUCACCUUCUUUGAGAGCAGCACUAUUGUUAGUCAGACGAUAGCUGUGGAAACUGCAGCUGCUGUGCAGAUGACAAUUGAUGGAGUCAAGCGUACUGCUCAACAACAAGUCAACAGAGCGUUGAAGGAUCACAUGAGGUUUAUGUUGGACUUGGAUAUUGCAGCUCCUAAGAUUACCAUUCCUACUUUUUUCCGUCCGGACAAUUGUCAUGUAACUAAACUUAUGCUUGAUUUAGGAAACUUGAUGCUCCGUACACAGGAUGACUCUCAAUUGGACCCAUCUGAGGAGAUGGAUAUGUACUUGCAGUUCAAUUUGUGUUUGAGUGAUGUCUCUGCUUUUCUAGUUGAUGGUGACUAUCAUUGGAGUCAAAAUCCUUUGGACACAUCAUCUACUUUUGGGAAGUCAAAUGAUUAUAGUGUUUUACCAGUUAUUGACAAGUGCGAGAUUGUUCUAAGGCUUCAGCAGAUAUGGUCACAGAAUCCAUCCUUCCCCUCAACAAGACUUGCUGUGCGUCUUCCUUCCCUAGGAUUCCACUUUUCUCCAGCCCGGUAUCAUCGGUUAAUGCAUAUCGCUAAGAUCUUUCAGAAUGAGGAGAAUGAGAACUCAGAUUUUCGUCGCCCUUGGAAUCAAGCUGAUUUUGAGGGAUGGUUGUCUCAGCUUGUCUGGAAGGGCAUUGGAAAUAGGGAAGCUGUUUGGCAGGGUAGAUACUUCUGUUUGGUGGGACCAUUUCUUUAUGUACUUGAAAGUCCUGGUUCCAAAACUUACAAGCAGCGUAUCAGUCUGCGGGGAAAACAAGUAUAUCAGGUUCCAGCAGAAAUUGUUGGUAAUGUGCAACAUGUUUUGGCUAUUUGCGAUGCUGGGCAAUCCAAUACAAAGGUUGUGGAAGACAUAAAUGCCAUAGUGUUGCGAUUUGAUUCUGAUGAUUCAAGGAAAACUUGGCAGAAACGCUUUCAAGGGGCUAUAUAUCGUGCAUCGGGUUCUGUUCCUGUCACUGAUUUAUCCGAAACUUCUUCAGAAUGUGGAGAUGCUGAAACUGAAGUUGUGGAAGACAGUAAUGUAAUGGAUUUAUGGAAGGUGGAAAAAAUGUUUAUCACAGGCAUUCUUGAUGAACUGAAAAUCUGUUUCAGUUAUAGUCAUCAAGGUAAUGGAAGUUUUAUGAAGGUCCUUCUAGCAGAAGAGAAUCAUUUACUUGAGUUCCGUGCAAUAGGUGGUCAGGUUGAACUUUCAACUAGGGGGAAUGACAUGCUUGUUGGUACUGUGUUGAAAUCCCUCGAAAUUGAGGAUUUAGUUUGUAAGGAUGGGACUCAACCAUGUUAUAUGGCGAGAUCCUUUAUCAAGAGCACUGAUGUUACUGCUUUGGAUGUGCUGUUGUCUGCUGAUGGUUUAAGUCAAAGUGUGAAGUUUUUUGAAGCACCUGACAACCAGGUUGACUUUGUUGACUGUCCUGAACAGCCACUUCCAUUCGAAAAGCUUUCAAUAAAGCCUCCUAGCUUUAGUCAUAUUUCAGGUCUACUCCCUGAUGCUGAAUCUAGAACAAUACCUGGGGACAUGGAAGUAACUGAUAACUUGGAUAGUUUUGUGAAAGCUCAAAUAGUUAUCUAUGACCAAAACUCUCCUCUCUAUACCAAUGUAGAUAAACUGGUAAUCGUGACCCUAGCCACUUUGUCAUUUUUCUGUCAUAGACCAACUAUUCUUGCAGUUAUGGAAUUUGUGAAUGCUAUCAGUAUUGAGGACGGAAUCUCUGAUGCUAUAACUGACAAAUCCUCAUCAACCAAAAGAGAACAGAAUAAUUUUAGGGAUUCUAUUGAGGAUAACCAUUCAGCUACAAUCCAAGAGCCCAUCAUUAAAGGACUGCUAGGGAAAGGGAAAUCCAGAGUCAUCUUUGAUUUGUCAUUGAGCAUGGCCCAUGCCCAGAUAUCAUUGAUGAAUGAAAAUGGUUCUAAACUUGCUACUCUAUCACAAAAUAAUUUGUGUACCAAUAUCAAGGUAUUCCCAUCUUCUUUUAGCAUAAAUGCUGCCUUGGGGAAUCUGAAAAUAAGUGAUGACAGUCUACCUGGUGUCCAUCCAUACUUCUGGGUAUGUGACAUGAGGAAUCCUGGGGGCAGUUCUUUUGUCGAGCUGGUCUUCAGUUCAUUCAGCGUUGAUGAUGAUGACUACAGAGGUUAUGAUUAUAGCCUGUUUGGGCAACUUUCAGAAGUACGGAUUAUAUAUUUGAAUCGCUUUGUACAGGAGGUUGGUAGUUAUUUUAUGGGCCUUGUUCCCAACAAUUCUAAGGGAGUUGUAAAACUGAAAAAUCAAGUUACCAACUCUGAGAAGUGGUUCACUACAAGUGAAAUUGAUGGAUCACCGGCUUUGAAGUUGGAUCUUUCACUUAAAAAGCCUAUAAUAACAAUGCCUCGGAGAACAGACAGCCUUGAUUACCUGGAGCUAGACGUGGUCCACAUAACUGUCCAAAACAACUUUAACUGGCUAUGUGGCGACAAAAAUGAGAUGGGUGCUGUCCAUCUGGAAAUAUUAGUUGUCCAGGUUGAGAAUGUCAAUUUAACUGUUGGUAGUGGAAAAGAAUCUGGUGAAAGCAUAAUUCAAGAUGUCAAGGGGUUUUCAGUAAUUAUUAGGAGGUCACUUAGGGAUUUGCUGCAUCAAACCCCGAACACAGAGGUUACAAUCAAGAUAGAUGAGCUGAAGGCUGCUUUAUCCAACAAAGAGUACCAGAUAAUUACAGAAUGUGCAGUAUCUAAUUUGUCCGAGACUCCAAAUACUGUUCCACCACUGGAACAGUGCCUUGAGGCAGAUGAGGUGGCAGAACCUCUUGUUCCUGUAGCUUCCAUUGUUGAAUUCGAAAUGCAAGAGAGAGAAUCAUGGGUUUCCAUGAAAGUUUCGGUUGCCAUUAAUUUGGUUGAAUUAUGCCUGCAUUCUGGAGUAUCAAGGGAUUCUGUUCUGGCCACAUUGCAGGCAAGUGGUGCGUGGCUUCUUUAUAAGUCUAAUACUCUUGACGAGGGCUUUCUUUCAGCAACACUUAAGGGUUUCAGUGUCAUUGAUGAUCGUGAGGGAACAGAGCAAGAAUUUAGACUGGCAAUAAGAAAACCCAAGAGUAUUGGGUAUAGUCCCCUUCACUAUGUCACUGAUGAUGGUAAUGAACAACUGGUCAAUGCAGAUAAAAACGUCUUGAAAGAAAACAUUGUAAACCCAGUACCUACAAUGCUUAUUCUUGAUGCUAAGUUUAGCCAGUCAACAACCACUGUAUCAUUAUGCAUUCAAAGGCCACAAUUGUUAGUUGCACUUGAUUUUCUACUUGCUGUUGUUGAGUUCUUUGUACCAUCAGUUCGCAAUAUGCUCUCAAAUCAAGAAGAUGAGAACCCUCUCAAUAUGGUUGAUGCAAUUAUUUUGGAUCAACCGACUUAUAAUCAGCCGUCUUUUGAUUUCUCACUCUCACCUCAGAGACCUCUUAUUGUUGAUGAUGAAAGAUUUGACCAUUUUAUUUAUGAUGGUAAAGGUGGAAACUUAUACUUACAGAACAGCCGUGGUCUCAAUCUCUCUUGUCUUAGCACAGAAGCGAUAAUCUAUGUGGGAGAUGGAAAAAGGUUGCAAUUUAAAAAUGUCUUUAUUAAGAAUGGGCGGUAUUUGGAUUCUUGUAUUGUAUUGGGGGCUAACAGUAGCUAUUCAGCUUCUGAAGAUGAUCAUGUAUUCUUGGAGAGUCUGAAUGAUGGUCCUCACUGUAACUCUUCAGAGGAAAGGACUAACAGUGUACCAACAAAAAAUAUUGCAGCUGAUAGUUCUACCGAGUUAAUUAUUGAGCUGCAGGCUAUUGGUCCAGAACUUACAUUUUACAAUACAUCAAAAGAUGGGGAAUCAUUGACACUUUCUAACAAACUUUUGCAUGCACAGUUUGAUGCAUUCUGCAGACUUGUUUUGAAGCGGGACAAUAUUGAGAUGAGUGCCAAUGCAAUUGGAUUGAUGGUGGAGAGCAAUGGGGUUAGGAUUUUAGAGCCUUUUGACACCUCUAUAAAAUUUUCCAAUGCCUCUGGGAAAACCAAUAUACACUUAGCUGUUUCAGAUAUAUUUAUGAAUUUCUCCUUCAGCAUCUUGAGGCUGUUCUUAGCAGUUGAGGAGGAUAUUUUGGCAUUUCUGAGAAUGACGUCAAAGAAAGUGACAGUGCCCUGCUCUCAGUUUGACAAAGUUGGGACAAUUGAAAAUUCCUAUAGUAAGCAAAUAUAUACCUUUUGGAGACCCUGUGCACCACCUGGUUUUGCAGUUCUUGGGGACUACUUGACGCCAAUGGACAAGCCACCCACCAAAGGAGUUAUUGCUGUAAAUAUCAACCUUGUAAGGGUCAAAAGACCUGUAUCUUUCAAACUAAUUUGGCUAAUGUCAGCAUCAGGAGGCAGUCCUGAUUCUCCAGGUUCACAAAAGUACUGCCAGAGUUCUGAUGAUGGUGGCCAAGACAAUGGCUGUUCUAUUUGGUUCCCUGUAGCACCUCAAGGUUAUGUUGCACUGGGCUGUGUGGUUUCUACAGGAAGAACACAACCACCACCAUCUUCUGUUAUGUGCAUCUCAGCUUCUUUAGUUUCUCCUUGUGCCCUGAGAGAUUGCAUUACAGUGUGUUCUCCUGAGGCAUACAGAUCAAGCUUAGCAUUCUGGAGAGUGGAUAACUCUGUAGGAUCUUUUUUGCCCGAUGAUUCUAUUUCUAAUAGUUUGACUGUGAGAGCGUAUGAGUUGCGUCAUAUGAUUUUCGGGUAUAUAUCAGAAUCUCCUAAAGAAAAUAGGAGUUCAAACAUCCAAGAUACUCGUCUGGGUCAUGAUCAUAGUCUCCAGCCAGAAAGACCUAGUAUCGUGAGUUCUGAGCGUCGGUUUGAAGCUGUAGCCAGUUUUAGAUUGAUAUGGUGGAAUCAGGGUUCAAGUUCCGGGAAGAAACUAUCCAUUUGGCGUCCAGUUGUACCGCAAGGGAUGGUAUUCUUUGGAGAUAUUGCUGUUCAGGGGUACGAGCCUCCGAACACAACGAUUGUUCUCCAUGAUGCUGGAGAUCUUUUUAAAGCUCCUAUAGACUUUCAACUUGUUGGACAAAUCAAGAAACAGCGGGGAAUUGAAAAUAUUUCCUUCUGGUUUCCUCAGGCCCCUCCAGGUUACAUUUCCUUGGGAUGUAUUGCCUGUAAGGGGAUGCUUGAGAAAAAUGAACUCAGCUCAUUAAGAUGCAUAUGCAGUGAUAUGGUCACUAGCGAUCAAUUCCCUGAAGAAAGUAUAUGGGAUACAUCUGAUUCCAGGAUCACUACAGAACCAUUUAGUAUAUGGACAGUUGAUAAUAUGGUGGGUACAUUUCUGGUCCAUAGUGGUUUCAGAAAGCCACCCAGAAGAUUUUCUCUGAAGCUCGCAGAUCCAACUAUUUCCAGUGGUUCAGAUGAUACUGUGAUUGAUUCAGAAAUUGGGACAUUCUCUGCAGCACUUUUUGAUGAUUAUGGGGGUUUGAUGGUUCCAUUGUUUAAUGUCUCCUUAAGUGGUAUUGGAUUUACUCUACAUGGAAGAUCAGACCACUUAGAUUCAACUAUAAAUUUCUCACUGGCUGCUAGAUCCUAUAACGAUAAGUACGACUCUUGGGAGCCUCUUGUUGAACCAUUGGAUGGGUUUGUAAGGUACCAAUAUGAUCUGAAUGCACCAGCUGCUUCUCAGUUGCGUGUAACCUCUACCAGGGAUCUGAACAUGAAUGUUUCAGUGUCCAAUGCAAAUAUGAUUUUACAAGCGUAUGCAAGCUGGAACAAUCUUAGUCAAGCCCAUGAAUCCUAUAAGAAAAGAGAAGCAGUUCCACCCAUUAAUGAUGGAAAAUCCAUCAUUGACAUCCAUCAAGAGAAGAAGAAUUUCAUUAUCCCGCAAAACAAGCUUGAACAGGACAUAUUUAUGCGAGCUACUGAAAUCAGUGGACUCCCAAACAUUAUUAGGAUGCCAUCAGGGCAUAUGGAGCCUAUAAAGGUUCCGGUUUCAAAAAAUAUGUUGGCCUCUCAUCUGAAAGGAAAACUUGCCAGCAAACUGAGAAUGAUGGUCAUGAUUAUCAUUGCGGAUGGACAGUUACCCAGUGUUGAAGGAUUGUUUGCACAUGAAUAUAUGGUGACAGUCCGCCUUGUGCCGAACGAGUUCCUUCCUAUUGGGUCAUUACUGAGCCAACAAAGUUCACGCACUUGUGGCUGUAGUUCAGAUCGUUGCUCAACUCCUGGGCUUGAGUUGGUAAACUGGAGUGAGACAUUUUUCUUCAAAGUUGAUUCACCGGACUAUUACAACGUGGAAUUCAUUGUGACCGACAUGCGGAAAGAUGAACCUGUUGGACAGCAUUCAGCUCCUCUGGCACAGAUAGCUAGAAAUCUCCAUGAAAAUUCAAAUUCUUAUGAUUCAGUUGAACUGUCAUGGGUAGAAUUGUCCUCAGCAGAAACUAUGGCUGAAGGAGAUAAAUAUAAGUUCCAUGGGAGAAUACGGUGUGCUGUACUUCUUGCACCAAGGCCUCAAGUUGAAAAUGAUGAGCAAGCCUCAACAAGUAGCAGAAAACAUGGAUCCAUUCAGAUCAGUCCUACCAGGGAAGGACCUUGGACUACUGUGAGGCUAAACUAUGCUGCAUCUGCAGCUUGUUGGCGCCUAGGAAAUGAUGUUGUUGCUAGUGAAGUUAAUGUUAAAGAUGGAAACAUAUAUGUAAUUAUUCGGUCUCUGGUUUCUGUUAGUAAUAAUACAGAUAUAGUGCUUGAUCUGUGCCUCAAAGCCAAAUCUGGCUGUACAAGCCUGAGGCCAAUAAAUGAUGGUGUGGAACAUGAACAAGCAUUAGAAGCUGACAGAUUUGAAACAGAGGAGUUCUUCGAAACUGAAAAAUACAAUCCAGACAUUGGUUGGAUUGGUUGUUCCGUUCAACCCAAACAAGAGCACUUUGGAGCUGGAGACUCCCAUGAGGUUAUACAGGAAAUUUCUGGAGUUGAUUUGCCAUCAGGUUGGGAAUGGGUUGAUGAUUGGCAUGUUGAUAAUGCAUCGGUGAACACUGCUGAUGGCUGGGUUUAUGCUCCAGAGCUUGAACACUUAAAGUGGCCCGGGUCCUGUAAUCAUUUAAAAUUUGUUAACUAUGCGAGGCAAAGGAGAUGGAUAAGGAAUAGGAAAUUCAUCUCCAAUUAUGUAAAGCAGAAAAUAUCAGUUGGGUUAUUGAAACCUGGAGAUAGAAUUCCUCUUCCUCUUUCAUGUGUGACACAUCCUGGAUUGUACAUGCUGCAGAUAAGACCAUGGAAUGUCAAUGAUCCUGAUGAAUACUCUUGGAGUUCAGUUGUUGAUAGGCAUGAUCAGUCAGAGGCUUCUGGUCAACCUAAUGGAGUGUUGGAAGUGUGUGUAUCAACUCUCACUGGAUCUGAGAAACUUUUGUGCUGCACCCAAAUAAAAAAUAGCUCUUCAAAUAAUGGGUCAGGAUUGUGGUUCUGUUUGAGCAUACAAGCGACAGAACUUGAGAAAGAUAUUCAUUCAGACUCCAUUCAAGAUUGGAAUAUCGUGAUUAAAUCCCCACUAUCCAUUGUUAAUUUUCUUCCCCUAGCAGCAGAAUUUUCUGUUCUUGAGAGGCAAGCAAGUGGUCAGUUCAGUCGCUGCUCUCAAGGAGUUUUUCUUUCUGGAGAAACUGUAAAGAUUUACAAUGCUGACCUGAGAAACCCUUUGUACUUUUCACUGCUUCCACAAAGAGGAUGGCUGCCAAUGCAUGAAGCUGUUCUCAUAUCCCAUCCCAGCAAGGUUCCAUCCAAAACAAUAAGUUUAAGAAGUUCAUUUUCUGGAAGGAUUGUUCAUGUCAUUCUUGAACACAACCCAGAUAAAGAAGAGCAUAUUGUGGCAGAGGUUGUUAGAGUCUAUGCUCCUUACUGGAUUGCAAGUGCCAGAUGUCCUCCCCUUAAAUACAGGCUAGUGGAUAUAUCAGGGAAGCGACAAAAACGGAAUCUCUUCCCAUUCUCUUCAAAGCAGAGCAAUGAAGUAAUCAUUGAGGAGAUCACUGAAGAGGAAAUGUUUGAAGGACAUACCAUCGAUUCUGCACUAAACUUUAAACUUCUUGGCCUUUCAGUGUCUAUAAGUCAAUCAGGCAAAGAACACUUUGGACUUGUUAGAGACCUUUCUCCUCUUGGUGACCUGGAUGGUUCAAUGGAUCUUUUUGCUUAUGAUGCCGAUGGUAACUGCAUCCGGCUCUUUAUCUCCUCAAAACCAUGCCCCUAUCAAUCAAUUCCUACAAAGGUAAUUUCUGUCCGGCCGUUCAUGACAUUCACAAACAGGCUUGGUCAAAACAUGUUUGUCAAGCUAAGCAGUGACGAUGAACCCAAGAUCUUACGUGCAUCUGACUCAAGAGUCUCAUUUGUAUAUCAUGAAACAGUGGGGCCUGAUAAACUCCAGGUUCGAUUGGAAGAUACAGAAUGGUGUUUUCCUGUUGAAAUUGCAAAAGAGGACACCAUCUUUUUGGUUUUGAGGAAGCAUAAUGGUUCCAGAAGAUUUGUGAGGACAGAAAUUCGAGGUUAUGAGGAAGAAUCACGUUUUGUAGUUGUAUUCCGUUUAGGAUCUAAAAAAGUUCCUAUCAGAAUGGAGAACAGAACAGUGAGCAAGACAAUCAGGAUACGCCAAUCUGGGUUAGAUGAUAAUGCCUGGAUCCAGUUAGAACCCCUGGCAACUACAAAUUUCUCUUGGGAAGAUCCGUAUGGAGAGAAACAAAUUGAUGCUGAAAUCAAGAGCGGCAAUAAUAUAUCUGUCCAAAAGUUCAGCUUGGAUAAGGCAGGUAUAUAUUCUGCAGAUGAGAGAGCACCAGGAGUACAGCUUCAUAUUGUAGAAAUGAGCGUUAUCAAGGUUGCUAGAUUCACUGAAGGCAUGUCAUCAGAGUCAAACUCACUAGCACAAAAUGAAGUCCUACCAACUAUUGGAAAUUGGGGCAUAUCUUGUAGCCAAAAAAACAAACAGGUUGAUACUGCUCCUGUAGAAGUUAUACUUGAGCUGGGCGUUUUUGGAAUUUCAGUGAUUGACCAUAGGCCACGGGAGCUUGCAUACCUGUAUUUCGAGAGGGUUUUUAUUUCAUAUUCAACUGGUUAUGAUGGUGGGACUACCAGCAGGUUCAAGCUUGUAUUUGGUUAUUUGCAGCUUGAUAAUCAGCUGCCACUAACAGUAAUACCUGUUCUGCUGGCACCUGAACUAACAACUGACUUGCAGCAUCCAGUUUUCGAAAUGAAUAUUACAAUGAAGAAUGAGAAUACAGAUGGCACCCAGGUGUACCCUUACGUUUAUAUACGGGUCACUGACAAGUGUUGGAGAGUUAGCAUUCAUGAACCCAUUAUCUGGGCAUUAGUGGAUUUCUACAAUAACCUUCAGCUAGAUCGAAUUCCCAAAAGCUCUAAUAUCUCAGAAGUUGAUCCUGAGAUACGAGUGGACCUAAUAGAUGUUUCUGAAGUUCGAUUGAAAUUGGCACUGGAGACGGAACCAACUCAGAGACCCCAUGGGGUUCUAGGCAUGUGGAGUCCCAUUCUGUCAGCUGUUGGAAAUGCAUUUAAAAUUCAGGUUCAUCUAAGGAAGGUCAUGCGCAAGAACAUAUUUAUGCGGAAAAGUGCAGUUGUUCCUGCAAUUGUAAACCGUAUUUGGAGAGACCUGAUCCAUAAUCCUUUACAUCUGAUAUUUUCAGUAGACGUGCUUGGCAUGACAAGAUCAACAUUAGCAUCUCUUAGCAAAGGUUUUGCUGAGCUCUCAACAGAUGGGCAGUUUCUACAGUUGCGUUCAAAGCAGGUUGGGUCAAGGAGAAUCACUGGGGUGAGUGAUGGAAUUCUUCGAGGAACUGAAGCUCUUGCACAAGGUGUAGCUUUUGGAGUCUCUGGCAUUGUGACAAAGCCUGUGGAGAGUGCCAGACAACAUGGUUUUCUAGGGCUUGCUCAUGGGCUUGGACAAGCUAUCCUAGGAUUCAUAGUGCAACCAGUGAGUGGAGCAUUAGAUUUCUUCUCAUUGACAGUGGAUGGAGUAGGUGCAAGCUGUACCAGAUGCUUAGAGGUCUUCAAUAGUAGGACCACCUUCCAGAGAAUCAGAAACCCCCGGGCCAUUCAUGCAGACUGUGUAAUUAGGGAGUAUUGUGAGCGAGAAGCACUUGGGCAGAUGAUCCUUUGGCUCGCUGAAGCUAGUAGGAAAUUUGGUUGUAUGGAGAUAAAGGAACCUUCAAAGUUUGCUUGGUCUGAUUAUUAUGAGGAUCAUUUCAAUGUGCCCAACCAGAGGAUUGUACUUGUAACAAACAAGCGUGUCAUGCUACUGCAGUGUCUAGCUCCAGACAAAAUGGAUAAGAAACCCUGCAAGAUCAUGUGGGAUGUACCUUGGGAAGAACUCUUGGCACUGGAGCUGGCAAAAGCAGGCUACCCUAGACCCUCUUACUUAAUUCUGCAUCUCAAAAAUUUCAAAAGAUUUGAAAACUUUGUGAGACUUGUCAAAUGCAAUGCUGAAGAGGAAGCUGAAGGAGAACCCCAAGCUGUUAGAAUAUGCUCAGUAGUGCAUAAGGUGUGGAAAGAACACCAGUCAGACAUAAGAAGCCUAGUUUUGAAGGUUCCCUCUAGCCAGCGCUAUGUAUAUUUUGCUUGGGAUGAAUCAGAUGGGAGAGAAUCCGAUAAUCAGAUUAAGGCCAUGAUUAAGCCAAGAGAGUUCUCUUCAGUCAGUUCUGUUUCAGAUGAGAGGAAAUUCGUAAGACAUAGCAUCAACUUUCAGAAGAUCUGGAGCAGCGAACAGAAGUCGAGAAGUCGAUGCACAUUGUACCGAAAACAGGUUUUGAAGGAUGCCGGAAUAUGUAGCAUUUGGAGACCAAUUUGCCCAAAUGGUUAUGUAUCCAUUGGGGACAUAGCCCAUAUUGGCACUCAUCCGCCAAAUGUUGCUGCUGUGUACCAUAAGAUCAACAAUCAAUUCUCAAUUCCAUUAGGUUUCGACCUGGUGUGGAGGAACUGCCCAGAUGACUAUGUCACUCCAGUAUCAAUUUGGUACCCACGAGCACCAGAAGGAUUCGUAUCUCUUGGGUGUGUUGCUGUAGCCGAUUUCUCAGAGCCACCACCAGACUCUGCAUACUGCGUGAGAGAGAGACUUGCUGAGGAGACGGUAUUUGAGGAGCAGAAAUUAUGGGAAGCACCAGACUCGUACCCAUGGGCUUGUCAUAUCUAUCAGGUCCAAAGCCAAGCUCUUCAAUUUGUCGCUUUACGUCAAACAAAGGAAGAAACAGAGUGGAAACCCGUGAGGGUCAUGGACGACCAUCAGUCAUCACAAGCGUUACAGCUUGAUGAACAUUCGUGAGUGGCAUGAUGGCCCACUUUCCAUAUGGAUGUACAAAAUAUUGUUCUACAAGUGGGCUG